GGAAUUGCGCAAAGCGACUUCGCCAACGACCACGUCUUUGAAGCCCAGCUGAUCUCCGGGUUCUUGUCCUGGUUGUGCGGUCAGCCUUCGGUCACUGGCUAUACCCAGAUACCAUGGCCAGCGGGCUGGACGCAACCAGACACAACGUGGUGCGCUGCUGUCUUCGGCAUACAGACGCUCAAUCCGGGUUCCUCUUCCCAGCCUUCCCUGGUGAUAAUACGGGCGACAAUAACUUCCUAGGUAAUUGCGCUGAAGUGACUGGUGGUGUCAGCCAGCCAACGCUCAUGGCCGUCUACUACGGCCCAGCGAACGGGUGGAAAGGAAAGAUCACAAAAGCGCAGUGGCCCGCGUUCAGCAGCCUGAGCGGAACCGUGGCGCAGCAGCAAGAGCAAGCUGGUGUUGUCAUACGCGAUACAGCCAAUGUCUUCCAGUACCUCCGUGAUGCAACGAUCCAAGACGCAUGGACCACGCCCUCGAAAUCCGUCGAAACCGUCUGUGUGCAGUUUGACAACAAUUUCUGGGGCUCGACCUCUGCGGCCAACGCCCCUGGAACCGCACUCGACGGUCCCGCCAGCCCCCAAGGUGUCGUCAACUGGGGCAUGCGGACCAUGUGGGCGUACUGGAUUGACAAUCACCUCUACAAGAUCGAGCAGCAGGUUCCAAGCUGGGUGAUCCUUGCUUUGGGGAAGGUGGGUGGCGCGGGAGGCGGAUUUGCGCGAAGUUACAUGCAGGCGAAUGGGAUGGUUUCUGCGAGUCAGAUGCACUUCCCGCUGGACGCGAACAGCCCCAAUGCGCCGAUUCCAGGCACACAGGGCAGUGCGACGAGUACGGUUAGUAGGUAUAUGAUGUGGGACGGGGCCACACAUGGCGCGUUGGGUCUAUAACUGUCUGGUCUACGGUGUUCAGAACGGUAAUCUCAAUACGUGGAGUGUGUUAUUGGAAGCUCUGUCGCGCAGCAGCUAUGUCCCAACUUGG